CGCAGGUGUCUUGCCUGUUAUCAGCACUUCGCGGAGUGUCAGGGGGUUUAGCUGUGAGUCAAUGUUGGUGGAAAAUAGAGCGACUGCAAGGGUGGUAGUGAUGCUAGCAGCUAUAAACGACACCUUUUGAUUGCUGCUGAGCCGAUCUCAACGUCAGAAUCAGCACUUACAAAGCCUGAGUUGGAUAUUAAAGCUACACAGUCGAGCUACAGUGAGCUCGGGUGCUAUCUAGCGGACUAACGAUUGUGAUGUUAUACUUUUUUGUAGCCUGCAGUCCUUAAAAGUUUCGUGGAACUCCUCAGUGUCUCCUUCGGUCUGCAACAGGGUUGCCCAGCUGAAAACGAAUCUGACACCCUCUCCCAGAUCUUACUGCUGCAAUUGCAGCGGCAACUCUUCAGUCACGUCUUCUACCGCCGGGGCUCGCCUGGUGCCCUGGGGACUAUCCUCAUCAAUGUUGGCUGCUGUAGGGCAAAUGGACAGUAACCGCCAGAGUGCAUUCGUGUUGAGUAGCACACCUCUGGCGGCGCUGCACAACAUGACCGAGAUGAAGACCACCGCUCUAUUUCCAUAUUCCUUACAGAACCCACCAAGCUUUAAAGCACCCGCACUGGCGGGCCUUGGGGCAACACAAAUCCCCCUAGGCACUCCACAUGGCAUUAGUGACAUUUUGGGCAGGCCUGGGUGCACUUCAGGCAACCUUCUCUCAAGUCUCCCAAGACUCAAUGGACUCAGCGCUUCCACAGCAGGAAUGUAUUUCAAUCCAGCAGCAGCAGCGGCAGCAGCAGUGUCUCGUUAUCCAAAACCUUUGGCCGAGCUGCCCGGCCGGCCCCCAAUUUUCUGGCCAGGAGUAAUGCAGAGUUCGCCGUGGAGGGACCCUCGUUUGACCUGCCCUGUGCAAAGCGGUAUGUUGCUCGAUAAGGAUGGCAAGAAGAAACACUCUCGGCCGACAUUCUCCGGACAGCAGAUAUUUGCUUUGGAGAAAACUUUUGAACAAACCAAGUACCUGGCAGGCCCAGAAAGAGCCCGCUUGGCCUAUUCAUUGGGAAUGACGGAAAGCCAAGUAAAGGUCUGGUUUCAAAACAGGAGGACUAAAUGGAGGAAAAGACAUGCUGCUGAAAUGGCAUCAGCAAAAAAAAAGCACGAUUCAGAGACUGAGAAACUUAAGGACAAUUCAGACAACGAGGAAGAUGACGAAUAUAACAAACCACUGGACCCCAAUUCCGAUGACGAAAAAAUUACACGAUUACUUAAAAAGCACAAAGCCGGAAGCUUACCCCUGCUGAGCCCUUGUAGUAAUCAUUCAGACACUUUGUGACCAUGAAAUGUCCUAAGGCACCUGCAAGCGAUAGACUUUUUACUGAACCAGUGGCGCUUCAAAAUCUAACUUAACCAGGGUAUCAAAACUGUAAAGAGGAAUUGUAAGUGGAUGUUUAAAAGUAAUGUGAUGUACAGCAGAAAUUGUAUGUGAGAUGUAUAUAUUUUUACAGAAUAAGUUAUGAAAUUAUCUGGUCCUUUAUCAGUUAUCCCAACCCCAUGCACAGUGUUUAUGUUUAUGUUUUUUAAGGGUGGAUAAUCAAUUCUAUUAUUCCAACCUAUCAAACAUUUGUUACUUUUUAUAGACUUAAGGUUUCAAACUUCAACAGCAUUGUAUAUAGUGAAAUUCAGAUUUCAGAUUUUUCGCUGUACAGCAGAAAUGUAAAAAAGAAACUUUAUUUUUUAUUUUUAAAAAUCAUCCUACAAUUUCCCUUUUAUGGAUCUUAUGUUACCUACUGAAGGUUAAAAAAAUCCAGAAAAAUCAUUCAGAUACAAAAUAGAAAUUUAUAAUUUAGGUGGCAUACAAAACAACAUUUCAUUCCCUACAAGUGGAGAGACUUUGUAUUAUUAAUAAAUUAUUUAAUAACUUA